AAAAGUUACAUCUAAGGGUCUGCAGUCCAGUUCAUCAGUUUUCUUUAGUUUACUCAACAUCACUACUAAUAUACCUGAAAGAUACCUGAAAGAAGAUCUUGUUCUAAGACACUGCAUGUGAAGAUGUUUCCUGCAAAAGACAUGGCUAAAGUAAUGAUUGUCAUGUUGGCAAUUUGUUUUCUUACAAAAUCGGAUGGGAAAUCUGUUAAGAAGAGAUCCGUGAGUGAAAUACAACUUAUGCACAACCUGGGAAAACAUCUGAACUCGAUGGAGAGAGUAGAAUGGCUGCGUAAGAAGCUGCAGGAUGUGCACAAUUUUGUUGCCCUUGGAACUCCUCUAGUUCCCAGAGAUGCUGGUUCUCAAAGGCCCCGAAGAAAGGAAGACAAUGUCCUGGUUGAGAGUCAUGAAAAAAGUCUUGGAGAGGCAGACAAAGCUGAUGUGGAUGUAUUAACUAAAGCUAAAUCCCAAUGAAAAGGAAAACAGAUAUGGUCAGAGUUCUGCACUAGACAGUGUAGGUCAACAGUACUCCAUGCUGCUAGUUUUUCAAAGCUCUAUUAAGAUUUCCAAGUGCCAAUAUUUCUGACACGUCAAACUACAUGUUAUCCAUCACUAGCCAUGAUAGCUGCAAUUUAAAUUGAUUAUUUUGAUUCUACUUUUAUUCAUUUAAUAGCUCUUUUAAACUUUUCUGUUGCUUAUUCUUUUUAAAGUAUGUUGUUGCAUAAUUUAUAAAAGAAUAAAAUUGCACUUUUAAACUUCUCUUUAACCUUAAAAUGUAAAACCAAAAUUUAAUGAUCAUAAGUCUAAAUAAAUGAUUUAUUUCUCACUCAUUGC